AUGCGUUACAUGGGUGAUGAGAAUCUAAAACGCGGGCAAACUUUGACGGACUGCGUUUACGAGCUGCUGAUGAUUUGCCAUCAGUAUCAGCCACUUCGCGAUGAGGUCUACUGCCAGAUCAUUCGCCAGACAACCAACAACAAAAGCACGAGGGCCGAUAGCUCAAUCCGUGGUUGGCGUCUCUUCUCAAUUUUGACUGCUUACUUUGACUGUUCAGAAGUGCUGAAACCGUACUUAUUCAAAUACCUCAUUGAUAUGGCUAGUGAUCCGAGAAGAGCCUAUCACGGCACAGCAUCGAUAUGUUUGCAAAACUUGGUAAAAACAUUUAAGUACGGUGGCCGAAAAUUUCUGCUGAGCGGACGCGAAAUCGAGGCAAUCACGAUGGGUAAAAACUUGAAGCGUCAGCUAUACUAUCUGCCCGGUGGUCAUAAGCAAGUAGUAAACACUCGAGCAGUUACGGUGGUUGAGGAAAUCAUUCAGCAACUAUGUCACGACCUCAACAUUCGCAGUCCCGCGGAGCAACAAGAAUUUUGUUUGUGCUACAUUUUAGAAGCAGGUUCGGGUUUUUUUUUACUAAAUUAA